CACAUGGUUUUGACUUACGAAAUCUUAUGUUCCGCAAUAUUUAUAUUAUUUAUUUCAAUUUAUAUAUUCGCAGUUACACGAUCAAUAUUAUCGGUUUUAUUCAUAAUAUAUUAUAAACUUUAGUUCUUGCGGAGUGUUGAGAUGAGCUGCUGAAGCUUCGAAAUACUUAUUAUUGUUUAUUCAUUGUACUACGUUAUAAGAUGGUAAAUUAUUUCUUUAAAAAAGAAGAAAGUACACAAUAAAAUAUGGACGAUACUACUAGACCAUCAGCUUCGGAGAACGACACAAUGGAGAGGCUCAGACGCGAGGACACCAGCAGCUGUCGGUGCGAACAGGAGCGGACUCAGGAAGUCAAAAUCAAAAGCAAAAGAUUCGGAAGAGGCGCGGUGGAGUCAGGUUUAACACACGAAUGCGGCGUCUUCGGAGCAAUAGGCACAGGGGAUUGGCCGACCCAGGUGGACAUAGGACAGGUCAUAUGUCUGGGUUUAGUGGCAUUGCAACACAGAGGACAAGAAUCAGCCGGUAUUGUGACCUCAGAGGGCAAGAGCGCCCGCACCUUCAACUCUCACAAAGGAAUGGGUCUCAUCAACAAUAUAUUCAACGAUGAAGCUAUGAAGAAAUUGAAAGGAAACCUAGGCAUCGGACACACAAGGUAUUCGACGUCAGCGGCAUCGGAGGAAGUCAACUGUCAACCUUUUGUGGUGCACACGGCGCACGGAGCACUGGCGGUCGCUCACAAUGGAGAGUUGGUCAACUGCAGCAGUCUCAGGAAGAUGGUGUUAGGCCGCGGCGUGGGGCUGUCCACACACUCAGACUCGGAGCUGAUCACCCAGGCGCUGUGCCUCAACCCACCGGAGGGGGAGACCAAUGGCCCAGACUGGCCCGCGAGGAUCAACAACCUCAUGAGGCUGGCGCCCCUCAGUUACUCGCUAGUGAUAAUGCUGAAAGACAAAAUCUACGCCGUCCGCGACCCCUACGGCAACCGACCGUUGUGCCUUGGCAAGAUUCUGCCUCUCGGCUCCUCGUAUGUCUACAAACAGUCAUCGACUCAGCAUGCAGCGGUCUUGAUGAACGGCUGCUCUAAGAACGGCAUCGAAGAGAAAGCUGAAGGAUGGGUCGUCUCGUCAGAGUCUUGCGGCUUCUUGUCUAUCGGCGCCCGCUACGUUCGCGAAGUAUUACCCGGAGAAAUAGUGGAGAUGUCUCGCCACGGCAUCCGCACCAUCACUGUGGUGGACCGGCCCGCUGACAAGCAACAGGCAUUCUGCAUCUUCGAGUAUGUGUAUUUCGCCAGGUCGGACAGCAUGUUUGAAGGGCAAAUGGUGUACUCGGCGCGCAUGCAGUGCGGACGCAUGCUGGCGCGGGAGUCGCCGGUGGACGCCGACAUCGUGUCGUCCGUGCCGGAGUCCGGCACCGCCGCCGCGCACGGCUACGCCAGACAGUCGGGUAUCCCCUUCAUGGAAGUCCUAUGCAAGAAUCGCUAUGUGGGCCGCACUUUCAUCCAACCAUCCACAAGGCUACGGCAACUGGGGGUCGCGAAGAAGUUCGGCGCGCUGUCCGAAAAUGUACGGGGCAAGAGAAUCGUUCUCAUCGACGACAGUAUUGUCAGAGGGAACACUAUUGGACCUAUCAUUAAGCUGCUGAGAGACGCGGGAGCCAAUGAGGUCCACAUAAGAAUAGCGUCACCGCCUCUCAAGUACCCGUGUUACAUGGGCAUCAACAUCCCAACACGAGAGGAACUCAUCGCGAACAAAAUGGACUCCUUCAAGCUCGCCGAGCAUGUUGGUGCGGACAGCUUAGAAUACCUGAGCGUGGAAGGUCUUGUGAGUGCCGUCCACUAUAAUAUGAAGAUCACCCCCAGCGAGGGGUUGGGGGGGCACUGCACCGCCUGCCUCACCGGGGAGUACCCCGGAGGGCUGCCCGAGGACAUCGACUGGUGAUCUAACUAUCGAUAUCGAUAGUUAGAUAACUGUUGAAAGUAGUCUUAUGUGACUAUAGGCUAAUUCGUCGUUUUAUUACUUUUUUCUAUGAUUAACGGUUAUAAAAAAUAUUGACAUAAUAAUUUUUUGUUAAAUAAUGUUUUGCUCAAAUCAAUGUAAUGUUCUUGCAUUUGUAUUAUUAAAAAAAAGUAGUUGCUUUUUUUUAAUCUUUCGAAAAACAAAUUUUGAAAAGGCAGACCUUUUUUUUUUACAUUUUUCAAUUAAUCUAGGUAUCUCUGAUUUGUCAGCAGUCUAUCCAAUGGCAGAGAAUCUCGUCUAGUCUCACUAAAUUUGCUGAAGGAGCUACUCAAAAAGUGAAAUUAAAAAAAAACCCAAUUGAUUUUCAAUGCAUUUUGCGAAGUUUUAACUCAUAUUCGACCCUCAAACAUGAUGGAAUCAGUUUGUCUUUUGGAGAAUAAAUGUAGAAAAAAAUAAUAAAAAUAUGGAUAUUUUCAGACAUAACAUUAAUUUGUUAGCACAGUAACAGUACAGACUGAAAUUUUAGUACAUUCUAGCUGUUUUAAGUACAAUAUACUAAGUAAUAUUUUUAUAUCAUGCACAAUAUUAUAGUUUUCCUUUUGGGGCCAAGUGAAGUGGACCGAUGCCUUUAAUCGGCAUUUUAGAUAAGUUAGUAAUAAUAACUAUCACUGCAGGCGGUAACGGCAAAUAUAAUUGAUGUAGAUUAAGUUUUUUAAAACAUUUUUUUUGGUGAAAAAUCUCGAGUCGUGAUAAAUUAAGUUUUUGAAAUAAAUUUAUCUAACGAUAGUGUUUAGACAAUGUAAGUUUUAUAUUUUACGAAAAAAAAAAUGCAAAAUUAUCAAAAAAAAAAUAAGUUCAUAUUUCACGUCGCUAUCGGUAAAUGUCUUCCUAAAACAUUCCUCAAUUUUAUAUAUGCUUUUAUAUUUGUUUGAUCAUAGAAUUAAGAAACACCCAAGUGCCUUUGGAUUUUGCUUGUACCUUUUUACCUUGUUCUAUGUUUCUCAAUCUGUGAAUUACGCCGGACGAAUAUAAAUACAUGAUUUUGCUGAUUUUUUAAUCUCAAUGGACUGCAAGCCUGAAAUCGCGAAAAUAAAUCAUUCAAAUAUCUAACUUGAGGAAAAUAUACGAAUCUGAUGUUUUUUUUUUGCGAUUUCGGGGUUACUCCUAUACGAAAAAUUGCUUAGUAUCAUGGACUGAGCAUUAAGACAAAAAGUUGUCAGUGAUCAAAAGAUCACUCUGUAUAAUAACAGUAAUCAAAGUUCAGUUUUUCACAUUACAUGAGAUUGAAACAUGAACAAAUUCUUUUUAAUUUACAUGUGUGAAAUUAUGUGAAUUAUAAUUGUGUGAAUAUUGUGUUGUAAUACUAUAGAAGAUUGAGAGUUCAACUUUUAUAUAAUGUCAUUGCUUUAAAGUUUUUGAAGAAAACAGUGAAACAUGGAAUACCGUCCGUGGGAUACGAAAAUAUGCUUUGAUUGUAGUUUCAAAAGCGCAAUUUAGAAAAAUGUAUUUUUAAAAUAUUGAUGCACCGUAAUGGUUGAGAAACAUGAAUGAGAAGAGUCGUGCUGGAUUCGACUUCUAUGUAUGUAAUUUCAACUAUAAAUAGUAUUAAGAUUCAUUAGUGGUAACAUUUUUUGGAAUCCCACUUUUUUAUAUUGGGUUAGUGAAAACAUUCCUUGCGUACGCAAUGAUAUAUUUUUAAGUAUAAAUGUCUCGCAUAGUUUUCGCUGUUCUCAAAUAUUUUAGAAUAUGUUACAAAUUGUAAGUUGUAUCGAAUAUACGCGUAUAUUGUAGAUUAUAUGUUAACGAAAUUUUUAGAAGUAAUUUCCCAUUUGUUUAAAAUGUUUUAUAUUUGAUACUACACAAACUUGAACUUUUUAUUUAAAUACACUCGUCAAAAAUGAAAAUAUCUGCAAAUUACAAUUUACGUCAUUUAUAAUAAAUUAAAUUGUAAUGUGCAUUUAUUUUUGUGUAUGUAUAAGAUACUGUUAUUUACAUUUUCAUACAUUUAAACAAACGGAGCUUAGACGAAGAAAAUAGCUAUAAUUUUACACGAAUCUUGAUCCAUUGUCGAUCUAUUUAUUUACGAGCGAAUAUUCCUUAGAUCUGACAAACAGACGAGCCAUGACCUAGUUUUUUAUUAUUAGUUUUUACCGAUGUUUUCUGAUAUUGUAUUAUUGUCCCAGCGCAAUUGAUCAAUUUGGUAAUAAAAUUGUUAAUUUAUAAA